AUGCAGAGUUUAAGGGUUUUGAUUGGUGUGGCUCUGUCAGUACAACUGAUCCAGAUAGGAUAUGCUUGUGAAGGAGAAGGUUGUGAUAACAUCUCAAACCACAAGAAGCUGAAUACACCUCUGGAAACUUUUAAUGUUCUGAAUAAUCUCAAUUCUGAGAAGAAGAAGAACAAAUCUUCCAAUGUUUUACCUUUCAUUGGGAUCACAGAUGCCAGCAAAUUGAACAAACAUUGUUGUCAAAAUGGAGGGACUUGUUUCCUGGGGACCUUUUGCAUAUGUCCCAAACACUUCACUGGAAGACACUGUGAAUAUGACACAAGGAUCAGGAGUUGUGGUGCACUUGGACAUGGCGAGUGGUCUCAAGAAGGAUGUCAGUUGUGCCGGUGCAUUUAUGGGACUCUCAACUGUUUUACCCAAGCUGGAUGUGGUAAGAGAUAG